GACAAUGAUGUAUUCCCUUUUGACCUCUAGUGACCCCCUGCAUGACAUCAAACAUGGCGGAUGUAAACUGUUCGGUUGCCAUAGACGUGUAGGUGGUCCCUUCUUUCCAAUUUUCGCCAUAUUUCUUGCUUUAGAGAACUAUCGCCCAACGCAUUAUGGAUCAUAAGGUCUCCAGGGAAAUACUACCAGCUCUGACCUGAACCGUGGGACUGAAUCCAAGAUGGCCGACCCUAAAGGAGCCUACAUCAUCCAGAGUGACAACCUCGGUAGUGCUGACAAUAACAGCUUUAGGGGCAAGAGGGGUACGAGACAUGUAGCGAUGUCACCGAUUUUAGAGAGGCACGUUCCGGAGCACCCUCUUCCUGAUGAGUUACAGUUGAUGGAGAGAGACGACACCAUCUGUAAGUUCUGUGGAGUCAGCUACUUGAUUCACCAUGAGAUCAAGAGACUUGAGGAUCAGGUGAAGUAUUUGGAAGAGGAACUUGAGCAGCACACAGACUGUGAGGAGCGUGAUGAGAGACAUCGUAAUGAGUACAGCAAACUGCAGGAGAUCGCUGAGGACAUGCAGAACAGACUGGGGGCAAAGGAGUCCAGUAUUGCAUCCCUGACACAAGACCUACAGCAGAAGGCUGGUGAGCUGGACAGACUGAGGGAACAGUGCACACAGAGUGAGGAGAAGGCAUCAGAGCAGGCAACACUGGUAGAAAAACUCAGGAAUAAAAAUGGAGAACUCCACACCAGGUUACCCGAGCUCCUGUCGUCUGUGCGGAACCAGAGAGCAUGUCUACAGAACAUACAGACAUUUGUACACCAGCGGGACAAGGUUGUACAGGACACAACAACGCAGCUGACAAAACUUCUCACUAAUAUGGGCAUUGUAGAGAUGCAAGAAAUGGAGAACCUUAAAAAACAGAUUGAGGACCUGACUCAGCAGAAGUCCUGUGAGUCAGCGGAGUUGUCCAGACUAACACAGGAGCUGCAGAAGGCACAGGGGGACGUGGGCAGGCUACAGGAGACUGAACAACUCGGGAAGGACCUCCGGGGGAAGUUCAGUGAACUGCAGAGGGAACAUGAAGCCAUGAAGAACCAGCAAGACAAAAUAGAGCAAAGUUCAAGAACUAUCUCAGCCGAGUUGGCUCAGUACAAGGAGUUGGUCAGAAGUAAGACCCAGGAGGUGGAAACCCUCAACACACAGCUAAGGAAGAGGGACCAGAUAGCAGAUGAGAAUGUUUCAAGACUACAGAGAGAGCUGAAGCAGUGUGAGGUGUACAUCUCCCAGCUGAACCAAGACUGCCAGGGGCUGAGGAACCAGCUUCAGGACCAGUCUAACAUGGAGGAGGAGUUUAAGCGCAAGGCCUCCAUGUCGCUCGGGGAGGCACAGGAGGUCAAGUCUGCACUGAUGAAGGCACAGGAGGAGCUGAAAAUGCUCAAGGAUGAAAGGGAGCUGAUGGUAGUGUCCCACCAGAACAGGAUCGACCAGCUCAGGGACAGCUUCAGGAAAAAACUUCAGGAGGCGGAGCAGUGGCCUGGCAAGAUGGAGGAUAUCCUGAGACAGGAGAGACAAAACUGUGCCAGACAGCUGGAGGACCUGGAGUUCAGACUGAAGGAGUCAUACAGAAUGGAUGUUGAAAUUGAGAAACAAAAGCACCAGGAGAUGAUAGAGAGAUACAUCAAGGAGAAGGAUGACCUGCAUGACAAGCUGAAAACCCAGGCCAGUAGGCUCACCAGUGAGCAGCGGGCCUCCAUGACUAACUUGGAGAGACAACUCAGCGAGGUCAGAGGUCAGGCGGAGAGACAGGAAGCAGCUCUCAAACAGGAAGUGAGCAGCUUGAAGAGGCUGACCUCUGACCUCCAGACCAGACUAAGUAAGGCUGAGGGACAGAAUGAUGAUGAACUCGCAGGAAUGAAGGAGUUAAUGAGACAGAAGGAAGAAGAGUUAGCUACACUAAAGGAGGAGAAUAAGGAAUUGGAGGAGAAGAACACUCAAACUACUGAAGAGAUUGCCUUUCUACAAGAGACGGUGAGGAGAGAGUGUGAGGAGAGGUUUGAGCUCACAGAAGCGCUGAGUGAGGCACGAGAGCAACUUCUCGCCUUUCAGCGCCCGCCAGCUGGAUACCAAUCCAACGCCGUGCCCCGCCCGCCAUCCGGACAGAAAAGUCGCUCGGAGAAUUCCUUACGCAGCAGUACAAACAGUUUCUCUUCCACUGGAAGUGCAGGGAGCGGGAAGGGGGGUGUGAGGUCAUCCUCCAGUAAUGUCAGUGUGAGUUUUGAAGGAGCCAAGCCGACGGGGACGGGGGACAGAGGGAAAGGCAGCAGCAUGAACGCCAGCCGGAAAAGAAUUGCUGCAGCCAUGGGGAGAAGAUAGCCCGUGUGAAGUAUUUAUAGCAAAGGGGAAUUUUACGAUAUCAAGAAACAAGUUAUUAAUUUUUCCCCCGUUGCUGUAAUUGAAUGUGUCCUGUUAUUAUUGCCUCCCAAUGCUAUGGUUCUGAAGUGAACAAAAUUUAGGAAAUAGUUGUUUGAUAAUAGCAUUUUUGAAAUGCACACGUACAAUCCUUGUGUCAUAAGACGCAUUACUUUUCUCAGAUGAUCUGUUGGGUAAAGCAAUAACUGCGUAUAUAGAUGUAUGGAGUUUUGUGAUAUAGCAGCAAGAGAGGAAGUCCUUUUUUGUCAUCAUGUAUAUGAUACAAUCUUGCACCAUAAAGAUUAUAUUUUAUUACCUUAUUGUUAAUCUGUGUCGUAUUAACAGGACUCACCCUGUUAAUAAGGGUUUAAAUUGUUGAUCAAUGGUAGGAUUACAGUGAGAAUUCUGUGGUCAGAAUAUAGCUAUCAGGGGUGCUAUAGCUGCAGUCAGUGUUAUGUACAAAACUGUUUCUGUUUGCUAUAAUAGUUACCUUUUUGUCAGGAAAUUUGUUUGGACCAAAAAUAGUUUUUUGGGAAGAAGUGCCUUUCUAAACUUUGGCUGUAUGGAACAAUUCUUUGCCUAUGAAUCUAAAUGUAUGAUAAAAGGUUUUAAAAGAGAUGGUAAAGUGCAUAUUAAGUGUGACGUUACAUUGUACUUAAAGGGAACCAAGUAAAUAAGUACUCAAGAAUAUGAUAUGUGGUCUUCACAUGCACUUUUUAAACCCUUGUGCCUUCCUUCAUACACCCUAGUGCCUUACAAAAUGUUUUGUCAAUUGAAGACAGUAUGUUCUAUUAAGUGAGCACAGCAACUAUUUUUACAACAAUGUAGAUAUCGUAUAUGUAUAUAUUUGUCUUGUGAUGACAUCUAUAGCUGUAUUGAUUUUAUGUACAUGUUGCAUCUACGUGUCAUAAAAAUGUCAGAAACACCCAGAAA